AUGUCUAUCUCUACCAAGAAGCGUGCUGUAAAGCCUUUUCAAUUCAAAGGCACCGAUGCAGACAAGAAGCUAUUUGACAACUGGAAGUUCAUGGUUAACCAUUGGUUCCGCCUCGACAGUCACCUAUAUACCACCGAAGAAGCUAUAGGCUACGUUGCUUCCUGCACAGGUGAAGACGCAUUCAGUGCGAUCCGACGACGUGUCGAGUCAGAGGACGAACCAUACAUGAACGUGAAGGAACUCCUUACCGAUCUCGAAGAAGUCUUUAGAAUCAAACGUCGCAUUGAGAAGGCGAAGAAGAACAUCCGCGACCCUAAGUUUCACCAGAAGUACAAUGAGACUUUCGACGCGUAUUGGCCCAAAUUCAACAGUAACUUGUCCGAUAUCCCACAUCUUACCGACGAGGAUAAGAUCGCCUAUCUCCGCGAAUGCCUAAAGCGAGGAAUGAAAUUCGACAUGGCCAACUGCCAUACUAAAAACUUCAACGACUUCGUCGACGCGUGCCGUAUAACGGAAGAGAAUACCACCGAUGCUCGCAACUACGGAGGACGCCAACGCGUCUCUGACUCACCACGCGGUGGGAGCAGAGGUCGUAAAAGCUACAGCAAUGGCCAUAGCAACGGCAACAGCAACGGAAAUGGCUACAAGAACGGCCACCACAAGAGGUCCAGCAGCGGCAGCAGCCACAGCAAUGGCUACAGCAACGGCCAUAGCAGCAGCCAUAGCAACGGCCAUAUCUACGGCAACAGCAACUUGUACUGGCCUUACGGCCGGACUAAAUCCCAACGAGAGGAAUUAAAGGCUGAACGCAGAUGUUUCGUUUGCCUUAAGCCAGGUCAUAUGGCUAACGCAGACGACGCUCCGUGCAAGGGACAGAAACCUACUGAGAUGACCGAGAACGUCCUCGCGUACGACACGGGGCAGAAGGCUCCUCACCCGAAGCCCCGAGUGGACGACUACCCCGAGUCAUCCGAUUCGGAAAACUGAAACCCUCCGGCGAUAGUCGCGCCAGACAUCCACCCGGCCUUUACAAAUGACGAGCUCUGGGCACAGCUUGCGCCCAAAU